CGCUCGCCGCUCCCCACGGUCGCCCUAGCGCCGCCACUACACCCCAGACCCCCAAAUCGCGAGACUCCCCGCGGCGGCGCGCCGGCAGGAUGGGAGACGAGGCGGCGAAGCACCUGGAGACGGCGCGGGCGGACCGCUCCGUGUGGCUCAUGAAGUGCCCCCCGGUCGUCUCCCAAGCUUGGCAGGGCGCCUCCUCCUCCUCCGGCGAAGCUAACCCUAACCCGGUUGUCGCCAAGGUCGUGCUGUCCCUCAACCCCCUCAGCGCCGCCGAGCCCACCCUCCAGUUCAAGAUGGAGAUGGCUCAAACUAGGGAAACUAGCACUUGCAAUUUGCCAAAGAGUUACUCGUUGAAUAUGUUCAAGGAUUUCGUACCCAUGUGUGUUUUUUCUGAGAAUGGUCAAGGAAAACACUCGUGUGAAGGAAAAGUAGAGCAUAAGUUCGACAUGGAGCCUCACAAGGAUAAUUUAUUAAACUACGCAAAGUUAUGCCGUGAAAGAACACAAAAGUCCAUGGUCAAAACUAGAAAAGUGCAGGUACUUGAUAACGACCACGGAAUGAGCAUGAGACCCAUGCCUGGCAUGGUUGGUCUGAUAACUUCUGGUUCCAAGGAGAAGAGGAAGCCGACACCAACCAAACCAUCUGACGUCAAGAGGACACGUAGGGAUCGUCGGGAACUGGAGAAUAUCAUCUUCAAGCUUUUUGAAAAGCAGCCUAACUGGGCACUGAAGGCACUAGUGCAAGAAACUGACCAGCCAGAGCAAUUCCUGAAGGAGAUAUUGAACGAUCUGUGUAUGUACAACAAACGAGGGCCGAACCAGGGAACCCACGAGCUCAAGCCUGAAUACAAGAAAUCGUCAGAGGAGGCCGCCGCUGAUGCUUCGUGAACAUGUUCUGUGUAUUUGACUGUUGCUGUAUAACUGAGAUACCGAGAACCCCUUGGCCUGAUGUGCUGAGCUAUGGGUAGUCUGUUGACUACUCUUGCUGAAUACCCCAGAUGCUCGUGUUGUAUUCUGUUUGCGUUUUAAGAGGGGUUGUUGUAACCGUAAGGGGAAGCUGGUACAUAUAUGACACAUGUUACAGAUUUAAAAAAAAAAGAUCUAUUGAACCGCAUGGAAGAUCGUUUGAUCAGUAA